AUGAGAACAUUGAUUGCGAUAGUAGUUUUUAUGUUUAUGUGUGAGGGAAGCAUUAAAAAGAACGUAGAAAAGAAAAACGAGCAAGUUCGCAGACAUACAAUGAUUUUGCCAGCUGAAAAACGCAGAAGCAGAAACUUUAUGUUGUGUAUUGCUGGAGGUAGUAAUGAGUGCACUACACAAUAUACCACUUCAAAUAGUGACAGAGGGAGCGGUGCCUUUACGUCAACAGAAACAGCGGAAGAUAAAAAUAGCGAAAAAUCACAUACAUCAGGAAAUGAUUGGGAUACAUAUGCUGUUCGACAAGAAGAAAACUGUAAAAUACCUCAUAAAGCAAACUACACGGAGGACGAACCGACUAAAAGCGCCUAUCAGAAAAUUUUAGGCAAAAUCAUUCCACAAAGAAAAUGUGCAGUAGAAAGUUUAUCAGGUGACGAAACAAAUGCUCGUAAAAGACGAUCACUUCCAAAUUACGUCGAAACUACUGCAUCAAGUGGUGUAGAAUCGGAAUUUACCGUUCAACAGAUUAAUGCAACACCUCAUACAGCUUUAGAAAUGCCUUCAGAAAUUUUGAGAGAUAAACACAUUGUAGAAAGCAUGGAAAAGGAACAUACAGACAAGAAUACACCUCUACAAACUGUUAUUGAUCCCGAAAAGAACAAGCCGUACAAUCAAUGUUCCAAACAACGGGCUCAUAAGAGCGAUAAGCCGAUAUCCAUUGCUAAUGAUCCAUAUGGAGUGUUUAGAACUAUGGCACCAAAUCAUCAUGGACGACUCGGUAUUGAUAAAAAUACAAAGGCUGAAAUUUCAGCUGCCCUAAAACUAAUAAUAUCGAUUGUAGAGCAGCUAGAAAACGACAAUGCUGCAAACUGUCACAUGUUCAAAUUGCACAGAUCAAAAUGUCGUGAACAUCUUUUGGCGAUAGCUACCGGCUCAUCUAGUUUUUUACAUUCCGAGCCGAUUGUUUCCUUUAAUAAUGCUGGUAUCAGCAAUUUUUUUUCAGAAUUACUUAAUGAAUAUACUGCUUGGACCUGGGAGCUUAUUCCGAUGUACAGAUUGCUUUACAAUAUCCUACAAAAUCUGAGAAAAUCGCAAGUCGAACUCGAGAAAGCCAAUAAAUUGCUCGUUGUAUCGAUGAACAAUCAAAUUACAGACGAAAAAGUAUUAUCAUGGAAGAAACCGAGACAAAACAUCGAUAGAUGCAUUUCAUUUGUAUCUCAGACACAUAAAAGAAUCCAGGGAGACCUUUCUUUGUAUAAUAUGACUGAGUUUGCAGAGGUGCGGGCACUAAUGGAUACAUAUUUAGGUCUCCUCAUGGACAGCUGGCUGUUUCUUUUUCAAAUUCAGCAAGACAACAACAGGAUCGGUUAUGAAAAGUUUAACGAUUCCAUAAGAAACAUCAUGCGUUUCUCGCAAUACCUGUCGUAUUUUAACUUCCUUUUUCUUAACAAGCAAAAUGAUUUGAUCGCUAUCGAUUCGUUUUACCGUGAAAUGAAAACACUUUUAUGGCACAUCCAAUACCCCACCAAGAGCCUAUCAUCUCAUAUGAAUAAAAAGACAACUCAGAAGCUGAUUGAUCAAUUCUGAGAAAUUAAUUAUUUGACCCAUCGAGAAAAAUAAAAAAUGUUUGUUUCACGUA